CCAAACAUUUAUGCAGCACGUACAACUACAAAACGAGUUAACAAGUGUCCAUCAGCAAGUGCUAAGUUGACAUUUUGUAGAAAAACCUACAUAAUGUCACAAAAAGUGCCGUAUCAUUAGCAAGUUAAAAAGUUGAACCUACAGAGUCCCAGCCACGUUUGCCACCUCGCGCAAGACUGUUGGCUGGCCAGUAUCUAGCUUAAGAGCUUCUCAAGCUGUCCUUCGUGUUGUCUGUUAUGCCGUUGUGUUCCGUGUUCAGUUUAUAUGUUUUGCGGUUCUGUGUUAGGUUAGGUCUAAUAUUUUGAUUUGAUUUUUUUAAAUUUGAGGACUUUCAGAAAGUUUCAAACCAAGAUGUCUUUUUCGUUUGGUACACCUAAAACAGCAGCUUCCAGCUUUACAUUACCUACAACUCCCAGCACAACAGCGGCGACAGCAGUCCCUUCAGGUUUUCAAUUUGCAACUGGCGAUAACAAAACUCCAGCAAAGGCCGUUACAGGGUUAUUUGGUACACCUACAAGUGGCACAGGGUUGUUUGGUACCCCUACAACUAGUGCUACAGGGUUAUUUGGAACCUCUACUACUACGACUGCUUCAUCAGUAUUAUUUGGGACACCUACUACUAGCGCUACAGGAUUUUCUCUAGGAGGAACCCAUCAAGCUAAAACCACAGCACCUACACUGACAUUUGGUGCUCUUGGAUCUACAGCAGCUACUGCAACCAGUUCUGCAGCACCUGCUACAACAUUAUUUGGAACUCCUGGAUCUACAACUAGUUUUGGUACAAGUUCUGCAGCACCUACGUCAGCACUAUUUGGAACUCCUGGAUCUACAGCUAGUCUUGGUGCAACUUCUGCAGCACCAGCUGUCAGUACAUCUUCAACAUCUCAGCUUAGCUUUGGAUCAAAAACACCAACAACCAGUACAUCCACAAUUGCAAGUGCUCCAGCUACUAGUUCAACAGGUUUUUCUUUGAGUGCCAAGCCUACCACUUCUAGUUCAACAGGUUUUGCCUUGGGUGUUACUCCUGGAGCUUCCAGUUCAUCAUCAGGCUUGACUUUAGGUGUCACACCUACACCAGCUAGUUCAGCAGCCUUCACCUUGGGUGCCACAUCUACAGCUGCUACAACAACUACUGCCUCAAAACUAACAUUUGGUUUACCUUCCGCAACACCUGCUACUACUACAACGUCUUCAUUACUUCCAACAGCUACCGUAGCCUCAACAAAUGUCACAUCCUCAACAUCUGCCCAACCCACAACGUCCAUGACAUUCGCCCAGCUAGAAGACACGAUUAACAAGUGGACCAUAGACUUAGAAGAACAAGGAAAAUUCUUCGUCAACCAAGCUAAACAAUUGAACGCUUGGGAUGCGUUGUUGAUCUCAAACGGCGAGAAGAUUUUGGAGUUGAACGGUGGGAUCAGCCGCGUGAAACAACAGCAACGCCAUCUGGACCAAGAGCUAGACUUCAUCCUGGCGCAGCAGAAGGAAUUGGAAGAACUGUUGGUGCCAUUGGAAAAAGAAUUGGUCGAGCAGCCUGUUACUGAUAUUGACAGAAACCAAAUGUACCAGUUUUCUGAGGUAAUUGACUCUCAGUUAAAGCAGAUGUCUGAUGAUUUGAAGGAAAUUAUAGAACAUAUCAAUGAAUCAAAUAAGGAGGAGGAAAGCUCUAAUCCGGUAGCACAAAUCAGUCGCAUCUUGAAUGCUCACAUGAACUCUCUGCAAUGGAUUGACAGGAAUACAGCCCAAAUAAGUGCCCAAUUGGAACAUCUGAACAAAUUACAAGAUGCAAACAGAAGAAAUUUUGCUUUAAAUCAAUCUUUGAACCAUCACUCGUUUAAUAUGUAAGCCAUAUAGGAUUCAUUUUAUAUUUUAUAAGGUAUGUUUUGUAUUGAUAAAGAAUAAAGGAAGUUUCAUUUA